GUAGUUGUCAUUUUAUACUUAACCUUAGUUUUUCGUGUUUUUUUUUUAAUUUUCAUAAAAUAUACUAUAAACUAGCAUAUUUUGGUAUUUGCUAUAAUGGACGAGAAACUAUUUAAAAACUUGAUGAAAGGGGAGAAAUCAGGUGGUCGUCUUCAGUCUAUAAGAAUGCCAAGAGACCUUAAUUUAGGAGGAACCAAAGUAAAGAAAUCUUACACACCAAAUCUAAAUGUUGUCCGAAAUAAGGACAAAACGAAAGAUGUUGUAAAAAAAGGUGACCAAAAGCGAAGGGAAAGACUCGGUCAUGAUAGGAGCAGACAAAACAACAGACAAUCUCAGUUUGUGCAAUCGAGUGGUGUAUUUUCAGAAGGUGUGGGUACGGAUGUGGUUCAUUCGCAUUUUAGGGAAAAAAGGGAAGCUGAAGAUAGAGUUGCUAUGACAGUUCCUACAAUUAAAAAAGAUUAUUUGGAAAUUAACAAAAAAAUGGAAGAGGGUGUGAUGGAAGAUAUUAUGGGGUGUGAUGAUGAUAGUGAUGAUGAAAGACAUUUCCUACAACCCAUAACAUGGAGUGAGUCUGACUUUAAAGAAACUCCUGCAUCUUUACAACUGAAAAUUAAAACAGAGGAAGAGGCAUCCAAAGAAAUUAAUAAAUUGUCUUUAAAGAGCACAGCUUCAGAAUAUACAGAAGAUUUUUAUACUGAUGAUAAACCAAAUAUGUCAAUUUGGAAUCUUCCAGAUUCUUUUGCUGGAAAAGGUCUGAGUGAUGACCCAAAAAUAACAAAAAUUUUCGACUAUCCACUGCAUUCAAUGUUAGAAGGACAAGUUGGGAAAUUUAUAAUUAGAAAGUCAGGCAGAAUACAAGUACAAAUUGGAAGGGUGAAAUAUGACUUGGACUCGUCUGAUGCUACUCCAAAUAGAGAAGAUAUAGUCAGUCUUAUUGAAAAAUCAAAGGGUAAAACAAAUAUGACAGUUUUGGGGGAAAUUUCAAAUCGAUAUAUUUUAAAUCCAGAUUGGAAUAAUUUAUUGAUUUAAGUAAAUACAUGUAAAUUAAAUAAAUUAUACACAUUAU